CCCUGAGCAGCCAGCUCUCAGGUGUCAUUUUGCUCUUCACAACGAGACACACAGGCGCAACACUAACGCUGUCCUGAGUCCUGACCCACACCACUGCAGAAAUCAGCUGACCCCAUGAGAAGGCUGGAGUCACUAUGACAACACAUCACCUGUUCCUGCUGAUCUAUCUAGCAACCAGCUACACCUGCCGGAACUUGGCAGCUGCUCAGACAAGCCCAUCAUGCCUUUUGCAAGACACCUGUUCACAGGUGACAGACCCCACCUCCAACUUCCUGUUGUGUGUGGGGCUGCCGCCGUCAGACACAGGAAGUGACCACAUGCAUCGCCUGAGAGAGAUAAUCCACGCUGCUCUGGAUGUUUACUCCUUCAUGAGGUCCAGUGCGUCCCGGGGGCCGGUGUUGGAGGUGGAGCUGGGAGCAGAGCUGAACCCCGGGGCUGACGCCUUCCAGGACGAGGACCUGGUCCGCCUCUGGCUGGAGGUGAAGAUGAGGCCUCUCCUGUCCUCCGUCUCCGCCCACUUCCUGUCCUGCCUGUCCACCAAGAACUUCAGCUGCUCCUCCUACCACGCUGUAGUGAGUGAGCUGAGCCAGCACUUCUCAGAGAUGCAGGCAGAUCGCCAGCGCUGGAUCUACAUGUUCUUCAUGUACCCCUUCCUGUCUGGGGAUGGUGUGGCUGGCUGUAUGCAGGAGGGUGAAGACAGUGAAGACUGGCUGCUGAAGAACUUUGGCUCCUUCCGAGCGCUUGCUCGCAUGAAGGACUUCUCAGCUCUCAACAUGGUGUUCAGCGGGUUGGAGGUGCUGCACCUGCUGACGGAGGAGCAGAAGGCGGAGCUGCUGCUGACCCCAGAGGUCACAGCGCUGGACAACGGAACCCUGAGCCUGGUGUUCCAGAGCCUCCUGGGGGGGGGCAACCACACCUGGGCCACGCCCGGAUACCCCCCCAGGCCCAGCCAGGACCCCUACUCCCUUCCCAGCCCUUAUGCCCCGCCCCCCGGCCCCCAGGACAGCCUGCGAGAGGUGGUGAACGGGUUCAUGGGAGCCUUCGGACCAAUUGGGAGUUUUGUGGGAGAGUUUGUGUCCCUCACACACCAGAUGGAUGUGUCAGAACUAAGGAGCAUCACCCUAGCUCAGGCGCUGAUGAACUGGACUCUGGCUGAGCUGGCCCAGAACUACAGGUCCCAGAAUGCCUCAGCGGCCCCCCCCGCAGCAGGGUUUGACGUGACGAGCGUGGAGGCCUGGUACCAGAGCGUGGUGAUGCCGGUGCUGCACCGGGUCCUGCCCUCCAUGGGGGCGGAGCUUCCCGGCAGCAUCAAGGAAGUGUUCCACCGGGUGUUCCACCUCAACUCAGGAUCCAUGAUGGACAACACCUCGUCUCUUCAGGAUGCCUGCAGCAUCACCAUCGAAGAGAGGUCUUGUGGGUUGACCAACGCAGUGGAGAGUGUGGCCAGUGUCCUUCACUGCGCGGCUCGUACCCACCUGACCCUGACCCAGGACACUGUCAUGACGCUGCUCAUAGAGCUCACUGGACGCCUCAACUCAUUGGUCAUGGAGUUCUCUACUACGAACUUCAGUGAGGUGGUGUCCCAGUACCAGGACAUGUUCUCCCAGGUGGACUCCCAGACCCUGAGCCCAGAGGAGCUGGGAGACCCGGCCUUCAUCCAGCUCUGGUUCCAGAUCAAGCUGCUGCCUCUGCUGCCCGACCCGCCCGCCUCGCUGCUCUCCUGCCUCGCCUCCAAGAACUUCACCUGCUCUGUCUACCACGCACUUGUGACUGAACUGAGCAGCUACAUGAGCAUGGUCAUGCGUGAAGACAUGCCUGCCUUCCAGACUCACGGACUCUCCAUAUACAGACACUUCCUGUUUCCCUUCCUGCUGCAUCACAACCAGUCAGAUCCCCAGUGCGUGUCGUCAACCAACGGCAGCGUGGGCUGGCUGACGCAGAACCUCGGGCUCUUCUCCACUUUGGCCUCCCUCCAGGACAUGUACCUGCUCAACCCUGGGUUCUCUGCUCUGGAGGCCCUGGAGGUCCUGUCUCCACACCAGACUGCAGAGCUGCUGCUGCUUCCUCUUCCUGUUCCUCCAGAGAAACAUGAUUUCAUCAACAGAGUGUUUGACUUCCUGACUGAGUCCCCAGAAGAGAGGAAGCUUCCAGAAGUCCUGCUACACCUCGUCAACAUGUCUCACCAGAUAUCAGUUCCCUGCGCUUCAUACCUUCUCAUUUAUGAACGUUUGUACGGGGCCUUACAGUCUGUUCCUUCCAUGAUGGAACCAGUCAUCUGGGCCACCAUAGAUGACCUCAUGCAGACCGCCCCAGGAGGAUGUCAACUACCUGAAGACCCUGAGUGUCCAUCUACUCCAUACAGCGAGACCACAGGCUGUGCUGCUAGAGUGAACAGCUCCACACUGACACAACACAUGGGAAACAUGAUGGAAGUUCCCUGCCAUUUCAGUUUGGAGCAAUAUGCUUGUGCCCAGCUGGAGGGCAUCACAGCCAAUCAGCUAGUGUCUCUACUGAGGUGUAAACUUCCUGGCAACAGCAGCUAUUCUAAGGAGACCUGGAAGCUGCUUCUGACCAAGCUGUCCAACGUCCUGGACAAGGCCCUGGACCUCCUCUCCAGCACGAACAUGAGCGUGAUUGGUCCGUCUGUAUCGACGGCGCUGGACGUGAUUGGAGAGAUGAGAGUGUCCUUGCUGAGCGAGGAUCAGCUGAGAGACAGUGAUGUCAUCAUGAGGUGGUUCUCAGGGCGUUUGAGGCUCUUCCUGCCGUCAGCAUCAGGAAGGUUCCUCCACUGCCUCUCCAGCAGGAACCUCAGCUGCUCCUCCUACCAGCACAUUGUGAUGGAGCUGAGCCGUCAGUCCCAGCUCAUGGACCAAAGCAGACGAGAGCUGGUGGUCAGAUACUUCAUCCAGCCCUUCCUGACCAGGAACUCCUCAGUCUCCCCUGCAGAGCCUGGAUGUGUGUCCAGCUCCAACAGCAGUACAGACUGGCUGAGGAGCAACUGGGGGGCCUUCUCCGUGCUGGUGACCCUCAGGGACCUGUUGGCCACAAACCCUCUCUUCUCCCCGCUGGAGGCUCUGGAGGUCAUGUCUCCACACCAGACUGCAGAGCUGCUGCUGCUUCCUCUUCCUGUUCCUCCAGAGAAAGAUGAUGUCAUCAACAGAGUGUUUGACUUCCUGACUGAGUCCCCAGAAGAGAGGAAGCUUCCAGAAGUCCUGCUACACCUUGUGAAGAUUGCCCAGGAGAUUCCAGUUAGCUGCCCCGUGUACCAGACAAUUUUCAAGAGGCUGUACGACUCCAUGAUCCGCCUCCCCAACCAGAUGCAGCCAAUGAUCUGGUCUGCAAUCUAUGACCUCACAGAAUCUACUCCAAUAGGUUGUGUUCUGGUACCGGUAAACCCCCAGUGUCUAGUAUAUUCUCACAACGCAACCAGAGUCUGUGCUGGGGUGGACAGCUCCGCCCUCCAGCAGCGCCUAGAUACGGGGAACCAAUCAUCUGUUCUCUGUGACUUCACCAUCACACAGUAUGCCUGUGCUCAGCUAAAGGAGCUUACAGCAGAGCAGCUGUCCAGGCUGCUGAGGUGUUGGCUGGCUGGAAACUCCUCGUACCCUCGGGAGACCUGGAAACUGUUCCUCACCAGAGCGUCCGCUGGCCUGGACCAGGCCCUGGACCUCCUCUCCAGCAUGAACAUGAGCGUGAUUGGUCCGUCAGUAUCGACGGCGCUGGACGUGAUUGGAGAGAUGAGAGUGUCCUUGCUGAGCGAGGAUCAGCUGAGAGACAGUGAUGUCAUCAUGAGGUGGUUCUCAGGGCGUUUGAGGCUCUUCCUGCCGUCAGCAUCAGGAAGGUUCCUCCACUGCCUCUCCAGCAGGAACCUCAGCUGCUCCUCCUACCAGCACAUUGUGAUGGAGCUGAGCCGUCAGUCCCAGCUCAUGGACCAAAGCAGACGAGAGCUGGUGGUCAGAUACUUCAUCCAGCCCUUCCUGACCAGGAACUCCUCAGUCUCCCCUGCAGAGCCUGGAUGUGUGUCCAGCUCCAACAGCAGUACAGACUGGCUGAGGAGCAACUGGGGGGCUUUCUCCGUGCUGGUGACCCUCAGGGACCUGUUGGCCACAAACCCUCUCUUCUCCCCGCUGGAGGCCCUGGAGGUCCUGUCUCCACACCAGACUGCAGAGCUGCUGCUGCUUCCUCUUCCUGUUCCUCCAGAGAAAGAUGAUGUCAUCAACAGAGUGUUUGACUUCCUGACUGAGUCCCCAGAAGAGAGGAAGCUUCCAGAAGUCCUGCUACACCUCGUCAACAUGUCUCAGGAGAUGACCGUCCCCUGCUCCUCCUAUAGGACCAUUAUCGGCCGUCUGGACAUAGCCAUGCCCACAGUCCCUCUAGCAGUGGAAGCUGUUGUAUCCUCCAGCAAGAUAGCUCUGCUACAGCAGGCACCACAAGGCUGCAUCGUCUACAGUGGAGACUGCAGCAUCACAUCCUACAACGAGACGGAGAUCUGUGCUGGGGUGGACAGCUCAGCACUUCAGCGUCUCCUUGACAACAGCCAGACAGGAAGCACUCUAUGUGACCACAGCAUCAGGGACUUUGCCUGUGCUUCACUCUUUGCGGUCACAGCGGAGAGUCUGGCUGGCGUGUUGAGGUGUCAGCUGUCAGCUAACUCCACCCAGGUGACUUCAGGCACAUGGCCAGCUAACUCCACCCAGGCCAGAGGCACCUGGAAGCUGUUCCUGUACAAGACCUCCAUCGUGCUGGAUGCGGCUCUGGACCUGCUCUCCAACACGACAUUGAACUCUGCUAACCCUGCGGUGACUUUGGCUCUGGAUGCAAUCACAGAGCUCCGAUUGGACAGUUUCACCAUGACGAACUUCAGAGAACAAGCUUUUAUUGAGCUGUGGUUUAAUACCAGACUCCGCCCCUUCCUGCCUGCGGUGUCGGUCAGCUUCCUGUCCUGCCUGAGCACCAAGAACUUCAGCUGUCAGACCUAUCAGAGCCUGGUGCAGAUCCUGAGUCAGCAGCAGCCAGCCAUGGGCUUCUCUAGGAGCCUUUCUGUAUACACACAACUGAUACAGGUGUUCCUUACCAGGAAUCACACCACAGAUGCCAGCUGUGUGGUGGGCAGUGUGGACAGUGGAGACUGGCUGCUGAAGAACCUGGGGAGAUAUUCUGCUCUGGCUUCAUUCCCUGAUCUCCAAAGACUAAACUCCAACUUUUCUGCGAUGGAGGCUGUGAGUGUGCUAGCCGUCAGACAGCUGGCGGAGGUGUCCUCCACCCCGGGCCAGCUCACCAGCCCCGCCCAGGUUACCAUGGUGAUGAACAACGUCCCGGACCACCUCUUUACCUCCUUCUUCUCAGACUUCUCUCCCGCCGUCAUGGGUCAUGUGACCAUGCUCCCCCCCUCAGUGAGGUCAGCCUUCCUCCAGAUCAUCUUCUCCCGCGGCAACCUCUCCAACCCAGUUGCCGUGGAUGACCAGGAAGUGCUGUUGUGGCUGCAUGUGAGGCUCCGCCCCCUACUGGUGGACAUGUCUGCGCUCCACGUCGCCCCCUACUUCAGUGUGUUGGCACAAAGGAACUGCAGCACCCAGCAGCAGGGAAUGGACCUCCUUAACUCUACCAUCUCCAGUCUCCAUGACGACACCAAGAGUGUGAUCUUCAGUCAGAUGGUGGAGUCUCUCCGAGGACCCACACCGCUGCGUUGCUACGGUGACAACUACAACCACAGUUUCUAUGGUUACCUGGAGAGUACAUUCAUGGGCUUUCAGUUCCCCAACCUGACCACCUUCAUGUCCCUGAUGCCCAGCAACCGCAGGGAACAGCUGAUAAACUCCAUGCCACCGUCAGACCUGGCUAGUUUCCUACGAAGGCCAAACAGCGUUGACGACAACACACAACUCUGUCUUCUCUACAGCACAUACAUGCUGACCCCUCUGCUGCUGGAGAAGGAGAGACUGCCUGCGGCCGUGGGCCGUCUCACCUUGCCCUGCGUGUGGCCAGUGGCCCUAAGCUCAACCCGGGGGUCAGAGGUCAACGCUUGGUUCGACCUCCGUCUCCGUGACUACCUGGGCUUCCUGUCCAAGAGCCUGCUCACUUCCCCCGCUGUGCAGAACGCCACCUGUCCUGCCUUCAGGAAGCUGGUGGCAGUGAUGGGUAACCAUAACUACAGCGCUGCAGACUUUGGAACCUCAGACGUGUAUGACACCAUCAGAACGUACCUCAAGUCAGACUCGGUGCCCAGGUGUUACAGCUCCACUGACCCAGUCCUGAACUCCACAGCCUGGUUCUCUGACUACCUGGGGCCCUUCAUGCCCCUCCUCACUCUGGAAGCCCUCAACACCUUUGGAUCAACACAGGUGUUGCAGGUGUUUACAGUGAACCCAGUCAACAUCGCCCUUCUGAACCACUCCAGCCUGCCGGUCAACCUAACCAACUACUACACAUAUCUGAUCUACCAGCAGGACAGCUCCUUCAGCCCUCUGCUUCUCCCCCUCCAGUGCAGGUGUGUUGCUCCUCCUCAGGCCUUUGCUCAGCUGACUGCAGAGCAGAGCAACAUCGUUCUGUUCAACCUGAGCAUCUGCUCCAACCUGGACCCACUGGUGUCAGCUCAGCUAGCCAGCAACAUGGACGGCUCUCUGACGGAGAACUCCUUCGCUGCCCUCGGCAAUAGCAGCACCGGGCUCAGCACUGGUCAGCUGAUGCUGGCUCCGCCCACAGUGUUGUUCGCAUCACUGCACAUGCUCAGCCUGUUGACUGACUGGAACCAGGGACAGUCGCUGAUGAUCAUCCAAUCACUGCUCAUGUCUGGAUCCUUGCAGAUCAACAGCUCCUCCACUCUCCUCAUGCUGGGAACUCUGUUGGGGGGCGUUCCCGUGGCAACAAUGGGUGCCAUCAGCGGUCAGGAGCUCAUCCUGUCUUCCCAGAAUCCUUCAUUCCUCGCCAACCUGAUCAACACUCCCAUCAUCCUCCAGCAGACCUUUGUCACCCAGAUCAUCUUGAUGAACAGCAACGCAGAGAGCAUCAUCCAGAACGUUCCUGACAACAUGGCAACGGAGAUCCCUCGAGGGCAGCUAUUAGGGUUCUCACAGAGCGGCGCCGUGGCAACCACCCUCAACAAGAAGAAGUGGAAGCAAGAGCAGGCUGUUCUGUUCUUCGACACAGUGGCGGUGCAGUUUGACAACCCUGACAGCAUAUCGUCCUCGGUGCUCCAGGGCUUCACCUGCACCAGAGUGUCGACUCUGAGCCGCGUGAAGAUCACAGGCCUGGUCAGAGCCUGCAGGAGGAGGGGGAGCCAGAGAGUCACCCUGCUGGAGACACAGCUCACCUGCAUGUACAACUACAUCAAGGAUGACAGCAACGCCACCAACUACAGCCUCUACCCUCCUGACCUGCUGCUGUACUACGACUACUCGCUGGUUCCUGACGGCUCCUGCAGGUCCUACUUCACCCAGCUGGGAGAGGCAGACUUCUCCCUCUUCUCCUCCGCACUCAGCUACAAACGCUCCGCUCUGCUGGACAAUGCCAAGAGCUGCCUGGGUGUCGCUGGCUCCGCUCUGAGCCGGGACAGCGUGGUGGUUCUAGGGAACAUGGUGUGCGUUCUGGAUGCGUCCUUCAUCCCCAGCUCUGACCCUCUGAUCCUGGAGAACCUGAAGAACUGCCCCGACCUGACGGAGAGUCAGGUGGCUGCCAUGGAAACACUGCUGCUGUCAGGGACAACGCAGUAUGGGAACCCGUCCUCCUGGGGCAGGAAGACUCUAGAUGAUUUGGGUGUUCUGCCUCUCUACCUCAGCAGCAACUUCUACCAGCGCUUCGACAGGGCGACGAAGCGUGCGUUCCUGAAGUCCUUCCUGAUAAACAACAGCCUGAGCCGGAGGAAGAGGAGGAGGAUGAAGACUGCCAUCCGCCAGUCCAACAAGAGCCUGGCCAAACGGGACAUAGUCCCGAAGAUGGACGACUGCAUGGUGGGGGAGAUCAACCAGAUCAUCAUCAACGAUGACGCCUUCCCCUUCGACUACGACGUGGCCCAGUUCAACAGCUGCCUCAGUGUUGCCGUGGUGAGGGACAACCUGGCAGCCAUCACUGCUAAGGUGGACCAGGAGGAAUACCUGAGCAUCGUACUGAACAAACUCAGACAGGCCUACUCCCCCACCAUCCCAGAGAUGAGCGUCCAGGUGCUUGGCCCCGCCUCCCGCCUGGCCACUAGUGAUGACAUCAGCAUGUGGAACAUCACCAAGAUCGACACGCUCUCCGCCCUCAUGAACCCCGCCGAUGGAGACUGGCCUGCUCCCAUGGCCAAGGCCAUCAUCUCCAAGUACCUGAGCAGUGGGCGGAGCCUGGGCAGUGCAGAGCUGACUGCUAUUGGAGGAGCCAAUCUGUGCUCCCUGGACGCCAGUGUUCUACAGAGCAUCACCCCAGACAGCCUCAGCAAGGCCCCAGCGCUGAGCCAGGGUUCCUGCUCUCAAGAGAAGAAGAACAUUCUGUUCACCACGGCAACAUCUGCUUUCCUCAGAACCAAAGCUGGAACUGUGUCUGCCACAAGCUACCAGCUCACACUGCCAUACCUGGGUGGCGCCACCCCCUCCUACAUAAAGAGUCUGUCAGCCUCUAACAUCAGCAUGGACCUGGCCACCUUCACCAGCCUCAGUCUGGACACUGUCCUGGCCCUGAGCGUGAGUGAGGUGCAGGGCCUGCUGGGGUCCAACCUGCCCCAGCUGAGGAGCUAUGAGAACGUGAGUGUGGUCCAGAGCUGGGUCUCCACGCAGUACCAGUCAGACCUCAACACCCUGGGUCUGGGCCUGACCGGCGGCAAGGCUGACCCCACACCCACCGGGGUGGGAACCAUCUUCAUCCCCAACACCACUCUGGCCUCCACUACGGGUUCCAUGGCUGGAUCUACUGCCAGUUCAACUGCUGGUCCUACUGCUGGUUCUACUGCUGGAUCUACUGCUGGUUCAACUGCUGGUUCAACUGCUGGUUCAACUGCUGGACCUACUGCUGGUUUAACUGCUGGACCUACUGCUGGACCUACUGCUGGACCCACUGCUGGACCCACUGCUGGACCCACUGCUGGACCUACUGCUGGACCCACUGCUGGACCUACUGCUGGACCUACUGCUGGACCUACUGCUGGACCCACUGCUGGACCUACUGCUGGACCCACUGCUGGACCCACUGCUGGACCUACUGCUGGACCUACUGCUGGACCCACUGCUGGACCUACUGCUGGACCCACUGCUGGACCCACUGCUGGACCUACUGCUGGUUCUAUCACAACUGCAGGAUCUACUGCCACUACUGGAAGUGGAGUUGGCAGAAUCUCACCCUCUCAGAUCCUCCUCCCUUUUCUUCUCCCGCUCUUCAUCCUGCACAUACUUCAGUGAUGUCAAAGCCCUGUCGUGUACACGCACUUCAGUGAUGUCACAGCCCUGUCGUGUACACGCACUUCAGUGAUGUCACAGCCCUGUCGUUUAGCAGACGCUCUUAUCCAGAGCGACUUACAAUACAGGGACAUUCCCGUAAGGCAAGUAGGGUGAACUGCUUUGCCCAAGGACAUAUUGUAAUUGGCACGGCCGGGAAGCGAACCAGCAACCUUCUGAUUAAUAGCCCGAUUCCUUAACCGCUCAGCCAUAAUGAAGGAUGUAUUCUAGUGAUUAACCAGACUCUAAUCAAAGGAAAUGAAAAACAAAACCAUAUACAGUUCACAAAAACCCUCUGUUGUCCGAAACAAAUCAGAACAAAUCUUCUUCUGUUAUGUAUGCUGUGUUUUCUUUUUCCUGAUUUUGUUUUGUUCAUAAUAAUAAUAAUAAUAAUACCAUCUGUGGGAGCCAAAUGUUUUUGUUUUGUUUUGUAUUAAUUGAAAUCCACUUUCUGGAGCCUUAAACCCUGGAAAUCUGGUAUGUAGAAUAUACAUUUAGUUAAUUUAGUUGACGCUCUUAUCCAGAGCGAGUGAAUAUAUUCAGAGAGAAUAUAUUCAUAAUAUUGUAUAAAGUGUAAAGGGUAAAUGAAGGGUUAAACACUAUAGAACUUCCUGUAAGUAUGACAUCACCACUGUCCUUCUGUGAUGUCACUGCCACCUUCCUUAUAUUCUGAAUCUGUCAUCAAAUAAAGAGAAACAUGUCACUCA